AUGGUGUCCUUGUUUGUAUUUCUAUCUACCUAAAAAUGAUCACUAUCCUAGGAAACGGCACCAGUCCAUUCCCGUGUUCUAACAUAUAUCACGGCAAAUCGGCUCUCUCCGAAACCGAAGUCGAUGGCGUUGUCGAAUAUCUUCGCAACCUGAAAGCUAAUAACCAGAACUUUCUCAUCUUCCUCGAUUGGCACAGCUACGGACAAUACUUCCUCUCCCCGUGGUCCUACUCUGCCUACGCCCCAAACCCUCCCGACUACGACGCCAUGAUGGCAAUGGGUAAGGCUGCGAGUGAUGCCAUAGCAGCCGUGCACGGUACAGUCUUUCAGAGUGGCUCAUCAAUUGAACUUCUGAACGAGGCCGCAGGAUCCAGCAAAGAUUGGGGAUACGUCCCUUACGAUGAGACCAGCAAGUUUAGGGGUGGUCUUGGUGCCAAGUACUCCUAUACUGUGGAACUUCGUGACAAGGGAACGUAUGGUUUCCUGCUGCCCGAGGACCAGAUUCAACCAGUAGGGGAAGAGAUGUAUGCUGGGGUCCGAGCCAUCGGGGAUUACAUUCUUAGAGAACUUGGCUUUAUUCCAUAGCUUUCAGAUCUUCGUUACACAAAAUUUGGCCAUCAAUGGUAGAACAUAAUCAUAACUGCCUCCAAUAUGAUUUCCAUAUAAACAUUCUUUUACAAAACUAUAUAAAAAAAUUAUGUGUUACCAACAACACUAGCCAACAUUUUAAGAGGACAACUUGUAUCAGCUCUUGUUGAAAAUACAUCAAGGAGUAAGGACAUAUUAAAUGUGACCAGGCACCCCUUCCC